CUCCCAAACCCGUUGGAAAAAUGGCAUCGGAUUCAGUUUUGUUAAGGACUUAAACCGAGUUGGGAAUAAGCUGCAACCUCCAACAUGCCGGCCAAGCCUGCCCCAAUCAAGAAGGCGGUGAAGAAGGAACCAGUCAAGAAGAAGGAGGAGGAGAAAGCUCCAGAACCGGCUCCCGCACCAGAGCCCGCUCCAGCUGAGCCAGCACCGGCUGAGGCUGCCCCUGCCCCCGCAGAGGGCGAAGCCCCGGCUGCACCUGCUGAGGAGGCGCCUGCUGCUCCUCCGGCUGAGGAGCCGAAGCCUCCCACUCCUCCACCACCCGCUGAUGCUGCUGACGCUCCAGCCGCAGAAGACGCUGCUGCUGCUGCUCAGGCCGAUGCACCUGCUGAGGCUGAAGCUGCUGCUGAGGCGCCUGCACCAGAAGAAAAACCACCCACACCUCCACCACCUCCACCCAAAGAGCCCACCAGUGCUCCAGUGGAUCUGUUUGUUGAAGACAAGAAUGACACGUCAGUGUCCAUCAUCUGGAGUCAGCCUGAGAACAUUGGACCUUCUGGUCUGGAUGGAUAUGUCAUUGAGGUCUGCAAGGAUGGAACUGAGGACUGGAAAGCAGUCAACGAGGAUGUGCAGAAAUCUUGCCGCUUUGUGAUCAAGAACCAGACCACUGGCGACCGCCUGAAAAUUCGUGUGGUAGCCGUCAACAUAGGCGGACGCAGUCCUCCUGUCACCCUCCCCGAGGCUGUCCUGGUCAAAGAGGUUGCCGACCGCCCCAAGGUUCGCCUGCCUCGUUUCCUCAGACAGAGAUACGUCGCCAACGUUGGAGACAAGAUCAACCUGACCAUCCCCUUCACAGGCAAACCUAAACCCGUGGUCAGCUGGACAAAGGAUGGAAAGGCCCUGGACGCCAAAAGGGUGAACAUCCGCAGCACUGACAGAGACAGCAUCCUGUUCAUCCGUCAGUCUGAAAGAGACGACUCCGGCGUGUACGAGAUGACCGUGAAGGUGGACGACUUUGAGGACAAGGCUCAGCUGGUUCUGCAGAUUGUUGAGCUGCCUGGACCUCCUACCACCUGUAAGAUCGCCGAUACCUGGGGCUUCAACGUUGCUCUGGAGUGGACUCCACCCGUCGACAGCGGCAACACAGAGAUCACAGGUUACACAGUACAGAAGGCCGACAAAAAGACUGGAGACUGGUUCACCGUGUUGGAGCAUUACCAUAGACUGAACGCCACCAUCUCUGACCUCAUCAUGGGCAACACUUACAAGUUCAGAGUCUUUACAGAAAACAAAGUGGGACUGAGUGAGUCCGCUGCUAUGACAAAGGACGAGGCCAAGAUCCUCAAGACAGGUAUUGAAUACAAACCUACAGACUACAAGGAGCACGACUUCACCGAGGCUCCUAAAUUCACCACUAAUCUGAGCGACAGAGCCACCACCGUCGGAUACAGCACCAAACUGCUGUGCUCCGUCAGGGGAUUCCCAAAGCCUAAGAUUCAGUGGAUGAAAAACCAGAUGAUUAUCGGAGAAGACCCCAAAUACAGGCAGAUCUGCGCGCAGGGCAUCUGCUCCCUGGAGAUCCGUAAGCCCGGUAACUUUGACGGAGGCGUGUACACCUGCAAAGCCAAGAACGACCACGGAGAAGCACUGGUCAGCUGCAAGCUGGAGGUCAAACAGCCAGCAGUUCCAGAUGCAGAUAAGAAAUAGGUGAAGAAGCAGGAGCAGAAAGGAAUGAGGCCUUUGCAGCGAACGGAAAGUGCUGGAUUCCUGGAAGAACAUGUAUAUAUGGCUGGUGACCACACUGUCCAAGGGUUGUUGCCUGUGACCUCUUGCCAUGUGUUGCUCCAUGACGUUGUAAUAAACAUUUGUGUCACUUUCCUACUUUUCACGACAACAGUCCACAUCCAUGUCCACCGUCAGCUCUUUCCCACACAUCAUUCUGUCUAUGGUAACUAAAUGAACUCACACUGUACCUCUGUGUCACCGCGUCUUACUGUGUGAAUGCCAAGAACAUCACAGCGUGACUCGACUGUCCCUCAUACAGUAGGAGAUCAACGUGUAACAUCCACGUGUUUAUAUAACAAUAAAUAAUUUAAUUUCUGGG